GUGAAAAAUGUACUAUUAGUUUUAUUUUUCUAAGCCCAUGUCUACUAUAAAUCGUUACUUUAAUGUUAGGAUUACUCGUAUUGCCAAUUUGUAAAACGUGAAUCGCAUUUGAAUAACCCGAAAAUCACUUCAAAAAUAUCGCAUCGGAGGAAAACCUAUUAUUACUGUCAGCGUAAUAGAGAAGGUGAACGAAGAGGUGCGGUGGCAAAGAUUUCUUCCGAACAAGAACUAAAUACAUAGACAGCAAUUUGUAGUUAUGUACGUGUGUUAUUCGUGUUACUGUAGUUUUGCUGUUUAGAAGUAGAACUGCUGCCGAAUUUUUUCCGAAGUGUUAUUAGUGUGGGUGUGUCAAGCAACACUCGGCCAUCCCGUUUAUGCGCUUUGCUAGGUUUAUGCUGAAGUCUGGAGUGACGGGAGUGACCUAGAAAUACGGCGGAGAAAGCAAGACAGAUCUGGCAACACGCAUUGCCGUAGCAGAUUUCUGUACGAGGCCAGCAGCAACCAGACAGCGAGAAGUAAAGCUGGCCUACAAGAGUAGUGUGGAAGCCAAUAGCGAGAGCCAGCGCUAUAGACAGUACUCAUGGGGUGGAAGAGCAGAGAACAAGCAAUGCUGUUCAAAAGUUAAAAAAUGGCCGCACCGAAUUCGACAUCGACUCGCCGCACUGUCUCUGCCGAUGGACUACAACUGCUGGACGAUCGCCUCCUUUGUUCGUUCGCAAUGAAAUCAAGUGCGUAGUGUGUGAAGAGUGCAUUGGAAUAUUGUGUUGCAAUAUUAAAACGACCGAAAAAAGCUUAAGCUCAGCCAUCAGCAAAGAAAGGCCACUAGAAAGGUCUGUGAUUUUUUUUUUCGUAUUCCUAUAAGGCUCUGAAAAGUGAAAUGUGUCUGCUUGUUGGAAGAUUUGCUAUGUCAUAAGCCAGUUAACGAAUAAGUGCAAGUGAAUUAGCUUUCGGAAAUUUUUUUUUUGCAAUGUCUAUCCGGAUGGAUAUUUUGGUUCCGGAUGAGCUGGUAGUGGUUAAAGAGCGAACCUGCAGCUCCGGCCGGGAGUAAAGGAACCAGAGAAGAACCAGCUCAUACUUGUGUGGAGAGGAGAAAGGAAGCAGCUGGAAAAUCGAUUUCUACUACUAGUGCAUACAACAGGACUUGUAUCUGUCAAACCAGGGAAAAGAGCGAAAAAGCACAGAUCUACUUUUGGAUGGUUUAAAAUAUCAACAACAAAAAAUAGCAUACGCGAGAAAAAAUGCCGAGUGCUUCAUUUUCCUCAUCCCGGUCGUAUGUAAGACGUUCCCGCAGGAAGGGAAAUCGGAUUCCGCUACCGUCGAGAACAUCAGCACUCUGUGAACCACCAUGUCAGAACAUUCCGGCUCCGAAUGUGGGCGCCGCACCAACGGGACAACCGAACAAUGGUCCCGCCCAGGCGGCAGCUCCCGGGUCAGGAUCGUCUGCCAAUCCGGCUUCUUCCAAUUCGUCUAGCAGUAGCAACGUCAUGGCAUCGAACAUCAGUAGUGUAAACAACCUGAACAAUCCGAAUAGCACAAGCAGCUGCACAGCAUCCUCGUCAUCGUCUUCUACGUCGUCAUCGUCUGUGUCUUCGUCACAGGGAUCUUCCUCGUCGUCGAUGGCUGUCGGCGGUGGCGGAGCAAUGUCUUCGUCAUCAACUGCAUCGCCACCGUCGAUAGCCUCAAAUGCCAUAUCCUCGGUUGCCCUCUCCGAGGUCAAACAAAACUCUAACUCGCCGUACGAUUUAAGAAAGAAAUCUCCAUUAGCUGCGCAUGAUUCCGGUAGCUGGUUGGCCGGAUCUAGUAGUUCCGGUGGUUCUAGCGGAUCUGGGCCGUCAUCAUCCGGGGGCAGCACUAGUUCUAGCACUAGUAGUAGUAGUCAUAGUCAUUUGCAAUCGCACCAGUAUCAAUCUAUAGCCUAUGACGGCAAUGCCGCCUAUAUGCUACCAGCACGGAAGCGUCCAAGACGUACUUAUUCCACCAGUACCGAAGCAUCUAGCUCAUCGAUUGGAUCAGCAGCGACUGCGUGCGGAUCCACGGGUGCUACUGCAGGCAAUCCAACACUGGCAUCUACAAGUGCCGUGGCGUCUACUCUUUGUAUGCAAUCAGCUGCACACUAUCUACAGUAUGAAAUGCCUGACGAAGUCCUAUUGACUAUCUUCUCGUAUUUAAUCGAGCAGGAUCUAUGUAGAGUGUCGCUGGUAUGUAAACGUUUUCAAACAAUCGCUAACGAUACGGAAUUAUGGAAGCGACUCUACCAGAGUGUGUAUGAAUAUGAUAUGCCACUGUUUAACCCUGAACCUUGCAAAUUUAUUUUCGUUAAGUCCGAAGAUUCUGACUAUGCCAAUCCAUGGAAGGAGAGUUUCCGUCAGUUGUACCGCGGUAUUCAUGUACGGCCUGGCUACCAGGAUCGACGGUAUCAUAAUCGAAACAUAGCGUAUUUCAAUACGGUUCAGGCGGCGCUUGACUACGCCGAUGAAAAGAAUUCAGCUAACAAUGGACCCGCCGGUGUCGUUGGAGGAAGCAAUAAUAGUAGUAACACUAGCAGUAAUAGCAAUGCCAACAAUAAUAGUACUAGCAACAAUUCCGGUUCCGCUGCUGGCGGUAGCGGCGGAACAGGGCAAAACGGCGGUAUAGAUGGCGAAGAAGGCUACCCGGUGGAGAACAACGGGUCGUUGAUUUUCUUGCACCACGGGACCUACCGGGGGGAGUUUUUGGUAAUCGACUCGGAUGUGGCACUAAUCGGAGCAGCACCGGGUAAUGUAGCCGAAUCGAUAAUCCUUGAGCGGGAAUCGGAGUCGACAGUAAUGUUCGUUGAAGGAGCCAAGCACGCAUAUGUGGGCCAUAUGACGCUGAAAUUCUCACCCGAUGUAACAUCAACCGUGCCCCACCAUAAACACUACUGCCUGGAAGUCAGCGAAAAUUGCAGCCCGACAAUUGACCACUGUAUCAUUAGGAGCACUUCAGUAGUGGGUGCCGCGGUGUGUGUUAGUGGUGUAGGUGCCAAUCCUCUGAUCAAGUAUUGCGACAUAAGCGACUGUGAAAACGUCGGACUAUACGUGACCGACUACGCCCAGGGUACGUACGAGCACAACGAGAUCAGCCGGAAUGCUCUAGCCGGUAUCUGGGUGAAAAACUAUGCUAGUCCAAUCAUGCGCGAGAAUCACAUCCACCACGGCCGGGACGUGGGCAUUUUUACCUUCGACAACGGAAUGGGAUAUUUUGAAAAGAAUGAUAUUCACAACAAUCGGAUAGCGGGAUUUGAAGUAAAAGCAGGAGCCAAUCCAACCGUUGUGAAAUGCGAGAUUCAUCAUGGUCAAACCGGAGGUAUAUAUGUGCAUGAGAAUGGACUGGGACAGUUUAUUGAAAACAAAAUUCAUUCCAAUAAUUUUGCGGGUGUUUGGAUCACAUCCAACAGCAAUCCGACGAUACGGAAAAAUGAAAUUUAUAAUGGACAUCAGGGGGGAGUUUACAUCUUCGGCGAAGGUCGAGGGUUGAUAGAACAUAAUAACAUCUAUGGAAAUGCGCUGGCCGGCAUACAAAUCCGUACUACGAGUGAUCCAAUCGUUCGGCACAACAAGAUCCAUCAUGGACAGCAUGGAGGUAUAUACGUACACGAAAAAGGGCAGGGCUUGAUCGAAGAAAAUGAAGUGUAUGCCAACACACUCGCUGGCGUAUGGAUCACGACCGGAAGCACCCCUGUUUUGAGGCGAAACAGAAUUCACUCAGGCAAACAAGUUGGAGUAUACUUUUACGAUAACGGUCAUGGUAAAUUGGAGGACAAUGACAUAUUCAAUCACUUAUACUCUGGAGUGCAAAUUCGAACGGGAAGUAAUCCAGUAAUUCGGGGAAAUAAAAUUUGGGGUGGUCAAAAUGGAGGUGUGUUGGUGUAUAAUGGUGGCUUAGGAUUACUGGAACAAAAUGAAAUAUUUGACAAUGCAAUGGCCGGUGUGUGGAUCAAGACUGAUUCUAACCCCACGUUAAAACGGAACAAAAUUUACGAUGGCCGGGAUGGCGGUAUAUGUAUCUUCAACGGGGGAAAAGGAGUCCUCGAGGAGAAUGAUAUUUUUCGAAACACACAGGCAGGAGUCCUGAUAUCCACCCAGAGCCAUCCAAUUCUGAAACGCAAUCGAAUAUUUGACGGAUUGGCGGCGGGAGUAGAAAUUACCAACAAUGCAACAGCCACACUGGAAUUCAAUCAGAUAUUCAACAACAAAUUUGGUGGCUUAUGUUUGGCCAGCGGUGUUCAACCGAUAACACGCGGUAACAAAAUAUUCAACAACCAGGAUGAAGUUGAAAAAGCGGUAUCCGGAGGACAAUGUCUGUAUAAAAUUAGCUCAUACACAUCGUUUCCGAUGCAUGACUUUUACCGAUGUCACACGUGCAAUACGACCGAUCGAAAUGCGAUCUGUGUGAACUGUAUCAAAACGUGUCAUGCGGGCCAUGAUGUCGAGUUCAUCCGACACGAUCGAUUUUUCUGUGAUUGUGGAGCCGGUACACUCACGAACCAGUGCCAGCUUCAAGGCGAACCGACACAGGAUACUGACACCCUGUAUGAUUCUGCCGCACCGAUGGAAUCGCACACACUGAUGGUAAACUAGGGACUUGUUAUAUUUAUAAUCCUGUGUUAAAGUGUAGCAAAGGAACGCUAGAAAUAAUGCCCAAGCAAAGAGCUCCUCCGUACUUAUUAACUGGAAGAGUUGACCAGCUGGUCGUAUUUUAUAACAAUGUAAGCGAUCGGCAAAAUGAACAACUUAACAUAAUACAACCUGCUCUCAUCGGAGGACAGUAGUCAAGCAAAAGCAAAUGAAAAUGAUGAAAUUUUAUUAAGCGAACCUAAUAAUGUUUAAACGUACUUGUUACGAUUUUUUCGAUAAGAACUAUUAAUUACACCAUCAUCAGGCAAAAAAUAACGAAAAAAUUACAUGCAUCGUCUUUAAUAGCCACUUUUCGGGUGGACUGCUUUUUCCUAUUUUUUGGAUCAUUGCUACGAAAAUCGCGCAUGAUCAAAAAUACUGGUAUCUUACAAUAAUGGUCAUACCCAAAACUGUUUGAUGUCCUGCAGUGUUAAAAAGUGCAACUGAAAAGAAUCUCAUUUGGUUAAAACAUACUUGAUUAAUUUUGAAAUCGCAAUUGUAUUGAGUGACAAAAAAAUGAAAAACAGCCAAAAUUAAAAGCGUGAGUAAUUUGAUUUUUCGCGUGACUAUUAUUUAUGUUGUGUAGAUAAUUGUGUAUGUUAUGAAAAGUUUUGUAAUGGUGCACCUGACCGAACUCUUUUCAUACGGCAGAACAGUAACAAUCUUAGCAAAAUUAAUUGAAACAGUGUAAGUAUUAUGUCUUAUUAGUGAGGAAGUUCUAAUAGAACGGCUUGCUGUUCGAUUCUAUAUUUAAUGUUUUUAUGUUGUUUCCAAGUAUCAGAAAACUGUUGUAUAUAGAGUGUAAAUGUAAGGAUCGCGUAUGACGAAACUAAACCGAUAUUAUCUGUACUGAGUAAUUUUCUUCAGUGAGGUGUUCUUUGCAUCUCUAAUUCCUUGGUUAAUUACUAGAAGCAAAAGGAACUUUAAACCAUACAUUUUUUUUGUUAUAAUGAAACUGGCAGCUCUGGUAGUGUUGUCUAUCAAAUAAUCAUCCUUGAAAUGAACUCACCGAUUCAACAUUUACCAUACCGUAAAGCUUUGUCCUGUUUGUUGUUAGACUUGAACUUCACGAUUGUGCUAAUUAAGUUUGCCGUAAUGUAGCAAAACAACAGGUGAAUUUCAUUUCUUGCACGGAAGAACCAAUAGAUUGGCUUUCGAAACAUCGCUCUCUCUUUGUUCCUCGCAAAGCAAACCAAUUAUUUACACCCUAUUUCCCCCUUAUUGCAAUCCGACCGUUUAUGCAUAUACCGAUCCCAUGCAGCACAUUUUCACAACUAGUACAAAGGUGUUCGCAACAUUUGUUUUCAUUUUCGUGGCCUUGCUUCCUUCAUCUAAUACAUUCGCUUACUGAGCCUAUCCCGUCCCAGAUUAGGCAAAGUUGUGUCCCAGUGCAUUUAUCUGUGUUACAGGCUAGAUUUAAAUCGCUAAACCGAACAAUUAUAAUUACUUUUAAUUGCGAUAUGUGUUUUUAUUUACUAUCGAAUAAUGAAUGUGUUCUACUCAUACCGUUAGUUGUAUUAUUUUAAAUUUUAUCGAACUGUAUUAUAACAAUAGUUACUGUGUACGUGUUUUGUACUAUUAUUAGUUUUUUAGACCACUCGAUGCGCGCGCAGACCAAAUGCGUAUGAUGAAGCACGCUGGAAAAGGUGAAGUUUUAAUUGUAUUAAUUUCGUGUAUGUUUAUAGAGUUACUAGGGCGAUAGAUUGCAACUGUACUGAUUUAUUUAGCUUGAUAGGCCAGGAAAUUGUUAAGAAAACUUCAGAAAGGAGAAAAAGAGCGUGGAUUUGUAAAUUAUUGUAUGUACUAUAUAUGUAUUCACUUACACACACACAAUGCACCUA